CAGAAUUUGUGGCCACCAAUCAUUGUCCAUAUUUAUAUAUAUGUGAGAAGUCUCCACACAAAUCAUUUGUAGACUGCUCUUCUCCCACUCUCUCUGAAGAAACAAAAGAGAACAGUUAUCCACCAAGAUUGAGACAAACACAUUUAUUGGAUAUGGCUGAGGCUCCACCUGUUGUUCCAAGUGAUGAGUUGUUGGAAUGGCCAAAAAAGGACAAGCGCAGGCUUUUACAUGCUGUGUAUCGUGUUGGUGACCUUGAUCGCACCAUCAAGUUUUACACAGAAUGUUUUGGGAUGAAACUUUUGAGGAAGCGAGACAUUCCAGAGGAGAAGUAUUCAAAUGCUUUUCUUGGGUUUGGACCAGAAGAAUCUAAUUUUGUAGUGGAGUUAACCUAUAACUAUGGAGUGGACAAAUAUGACAUCGGAACAGGCUUUGGGCAUUUUGCUAUUGCAACUAAAGAUGUUUACAAAAUGGUGGAAGACAUAAGGGCCAAGGGUGGCAAUAUCACAAGGGAGCCUGGUCCAGUUAAAGGUGGAACGACUGUCAUUGCUUUUGUGAAAGACCCUGAUGGCUACAUAUUUGAGCUAAUCCAGAGAGGUCCUACUCCUGAACCACUUUGUCAAGUAAUGCUUCGUGUUGGUGACCUUGAUCGCUCUAUCAAGUUCUAUGAAAAGGCCUUGGGGAUGAAAAUGCUGAGAAAGAUUGACAUGCCAGGACAGAAGUACUCCAUAGCCAUGAUGGGGUAUGCUGAUGAAAUGGAGACAACUGUUCUGGAGUUGACAUACAACUACGGUGUGACUGAAUAUACCAAAGGAAAUGCAUACGCACAGGUUGCCAUAAAUACAGAUGAUGUGUACAAAAGUGCUGAGGUUGUUAACCUGGUUACCCAAGAGCUUGGAGGAAAGAUAACUCGACAACCAGGACCAAUUCCCGGAAUCAACACCAAGAUCACCUCUUUUCUAGAUCCAGAUGGCUGGAAGACAGUUCUGGUUGACAAUGAAGAUUUUCUGAAGGAACUGGAGAAGGCGUAAUUGCAUUGUGUUGUGCAUUAACAAAAAACUGGCAGUGCCUCUAAAAAUAUGAAUAAAGUCAGUUUGUGCAAUUGUUGUGAAGUAGUAGUGCCUUGUUUUGAUGCUGCUUUGUCAUCUGUUUAGACAAGCUAUGUCAAGUACUUUCUAUUGUAUCAUACCUACUUGUAUAAGCAUCUUCAUGUAUGUGCUUUUGCGUUGCUAUUGUGCUUGUAAUUUUUGCUAUUGUUUUACCAACUUGAGUCAUGAAGUCAUAAAUUUAGAAAUCAUGGUCUGCCCUAGGGAUGGGCGUCUGUUGUGUUGGGUCGUAUUCAUGUCGAGUUAUUUUGGAUUAUGUCAAAAUUAUCUUUCCACGAA